CACGCACGCCCGCCCGCACACCACACACACACACACACGCACGCCCGCACGCACUCGCAAUACUAGUUCCCGCACUCCCUCCGGUUUGCCUGGCUCUUUCCUUACCCCUUGGGGGCCUAAAACGGGUGUUUGUACCUGUUCGUCACUAGGGGACCUGGAGCUUGUCAUUUUCGAGCUUGUUCUGACCACUGCUCCACCAGCUCUAUACGUACUCUUCAACGUCCUCUCUCUCGUAACGCUUCGCAACGCUUCGCAACCCCUCACCAUACCUUGGAUGAAUCGACGGCACCAUUUGUUCUAUAAUGGCGUCGGUCAAGCGGGACGAGACUACGCCGUUCCUUCUCCAGGUUUUCUACAAAACCGGUUCAUUUCACAGAACAGAUGAGUUCGCCUCAAGAAGCCUGCCGCCCGCACUGUCUGUCUACACCUGGUCCGACUGCACCCUGGCCGAGCUCGCGGGGCAGAUCGUCGCCAAUGACCCGUCGCUGCUGCCGAGUCCAUCCGUGGGCUCACGGCUGGCUUUCCGCCUGAUCUACCCCGAUACCCGACACACUGCCGCGCCAUCCAGCACACACCACACGCAGAUACCGGCCCCCCGAUUCAUGGUUAAGGACCUCGGGAGCGUCGUGUUAGGCGACGGUGCCGCAGCUGCCAUCCCCGCCGCCGCCGCCGCCGGGGAGGAGGGGGCAGGAGACAUCCGCAUGGCCGAAAGCACGGCGACAGUGGCCGACGACACGGCCAAGGACAAGACACUCGGCGACGCCAAGUUUGUGGUGGGAGACUACAUCUCGUGCGCUAUUCUGCCGCCGCUGCCUGACGGCUCGGUGGCCCCGGCGCUCACGGCCAGGAACGACAGGACUGCAGGGCCGUUCAGUGCAAGGGGCGGGCUGGGCGGGCUUGCUCCGCAGGGGCCGCGUCGGGACGCUGCGUUUGGCGGGAGACAGGCGCGCGACAGAGACCGACGGCGCCCCGGGUUCGGAAACGACGCGUUCCCCGAAGGAGAGUGGAGGAGGGGCGAGAGGCUGCCGGAGGAUCCUCCCGACAGGUCUUGGGGCAGAGGACGUAGACAGGACAGAUGGUGACCGGUUUUCGAAAGUGUGUGUUGGGUGGUUGGACUGCAGCAUGGGUUCGGAGUUUGGCACGGCGUCAAGGCUCGUCCGGGGAGGAAAAUACCAGGCAUCAUUCACGGCCAUUCAAAGGCGUAUGGGGAGUUUUUUCAGAGUCACUGGCAUUGCGUUGGGGGGAUUCCUUCCAAGUUCACAGACUGCAACAAGAGAAGAUUCGGCUCAUUCC